AUGAAAGUUGGGAAAGCGGCAGGACCAGAUAACAUUCCGGUCUCCGCCAUAAAAGAAUUCACGCCGAUAAUAGAACCCAUAUUGACAAAGAUAGCGAACAGCUCCUUGCACCUUGGACAUUACCCAAAAUGUUUCAAAGAAGCGACAUGCAUUGUGAUUCCAAAGCCAAAUAAGAAGUCAUACCGAGAAGCGAGUAGUUAUCGUCCGAUCUCACUACUCAACCAUCUUUCGAAGCUGAUUGAAACUGUCAUGACAAAGAGACUACAAUAUAAAUUAGAUACCAGAAAGUUAAUCCCGAGUACGCACUUUGGGUGUAGGAAGGGCUCCGGUACAGACGAUGCUUUACUAUAUGUCACUGAAUUCAUUCAAAAUGCUUGGAAGCAAAAGAAGGUAGUAAUGGCGCUCGCCCUAGACGCACAAGGAGCUUUCAACAACGUCAUACAUGAGAAGCUCCUUGAGGAAUGCAGGAAGGUCGGACUACCGAAGUACCUCACGAGAUGGAUAGGAUGCUUUUUGAAGGAAGGAAAAUACGCUUCAAAUUCUCCAAUUAUACUUCCUCGACUUUCGCACUUAGCAAAGGCUCCCCACAAGGGUCCCCAAUAAGCGGACCAUUGUCUUUGAUAUAUAAUACCGCGUUACUGAGAGCCAGCCGAGAGGUUAUCAAAAUGGGUUAUGCAGACGAUGUACUAUGGAUGGCAGCAGCUAGUACACCGAAGGAAGCUAGAUCCUUAUUGGAAAGCCAAAUACACGAAAUGUACACCACACCAAAUUUUAUCACACUAUCUAAAAAGAGUGAAC